AUGGAGUGGCCUCCAGGAUGUCUGUUAGCACACACUAAAAGAAAUCAGGACUCCAAGAAUCCCAGCAUGCUGCAGCACUUGCGCCAAAAGCUGCGACGGGACAAAAAGGGCCUUGACAAAAAGAGCUCCGCCGCGUCCCGUCUAGAAGCGACCGUCGUCGACCACCGACUCAGCUCCUCGGUGCCCGACAUGCGGGACCUCAAACAGGAUGUCUAUCACAAAGCUUCCUCCUCCGUUUACCUCCGCAAGAGUCUGAAUCCUUGCAAUAGCAGCCCUAGCACACCACUGGCCCAUCCUGCCCGACAAGGUGGCUUAGGGGGAGGAGCAGGUGUCGCCACAGGGAGUGAGCACACACUUUGCGUGCCUGCAGACUGCCCCGACUGGACGUCAUCACAGGAGUCGUUCAACAGCACGUACAUGGAAGACUGCUCCAUGGAGUGGCGACGACACUCGGCCCGGGGAGGAGGCGGCGGCGGAAUGGAGGCUGAUGAACUGGGCCUACCUGAGGUCAUGACCGUUUACAGCUCGGAUGCCAAUGCUGGUGGGGACGACGGCUCGCAGUGUGACAUGGAAGCUCCAAGCAACUUCGAGGGCAGCAGAGAGUCUCUCAGUUCCUUCUUACUCACCAUCAACCUGAAGGAGGGACGCAACCUGGUCAUCAGGGACCGCUGCGGCACUAGCGACCCGUAUGUGAAGUUCAAGCUGGAGGAUAAGACCAUCUACAAGAGCAAAUGGAUCUACAGGAAUCUGAACCCCGUGUGGAGUGAGAACUUCUCCUUCCCGGUCCGGAACCUCAGCCAGUGGCUCUACGUCAAGGUGUACGACCGUGACUUCACCACAGACGACUUCAUGGGCUCGGCCGGCAUCUUUCUUAGUGACCUGGUUCUUGACAAGGUGCACGAGCUGUGCCUAAGACUGGAUGACCCUAACAGCCUCGAGGACGACAUGGGUGAAAUUCUGCUGGACAUUACCCUCACACGCCGAGACGGCGACAGUCGACGAGGACCACGCUGGCCACAAAUCCGAAAACGCAGUAGUCGGAGCUCGCGACUAUCCGACUCGCUGAGGAAGAGUCAGUUGUGGACUUCGGUGGUGACGGUGACGCUGGUGGAGGGUCAGGAUGUUCCCGUGAUGGACUCUUGCAAUGGAGAGCUCUUCGUCCGCUUCCGGCUAGGGGAGCAGCAAUACAAGAGCAUGAAUGUCGCCAAAGUGCCUAGGCCUCAAUGGAGAGAGAGAUUCAACAUGAACAACUUCUUAGAGAGUGGCAACAUCCUCGAAGUGGAACUCUGGUCCAAAGAGGGCCGACGAGCCGAGGAAUGUUUGGGAUCGUGCACGGUGGAUCUUUCCGAAAUGCCUCCAGAUGAAAGGGUGCUUUUCAAGCUAACUCUGGACUCGAGUCGAACAUGUCUGGUCAUACUGGUCAGGGUCAGUGCAUGCAACAGGGUCUCCAUAUCGGACCUCUGCAUGGCGCCACUGGAUGAGCCGACUGAGCACCAAAACCAGCUGGACAACUAUAGCCUUCGGAGGUCCUUGAAGAACCUGAGCGACGUAGGCUUUCUCCAAGUCAAAGUCAUCAAGGCAUGCGACCUUCUUUCUGCCGAUCUAAACGGCAAGAGCGACCCCUUCUGCGUCUUGGAACUCUGCAACGACAGACUACAGACGCACACGGUCUACAAAAGCCUCCAGCCUGACUGGAAUAAAGUUUUUACCUUUCCUGUCAGAGACAUCCACGAAGUCCUGCUGGCGACCAUCUUUGACGAAGAUGGAGACAAAGCUCCAGACUUCUUGGGAAAAGUGGCCGUUCCUCUGCUCUCGAUCCGCGGGAGGCGGCAGAUCACCCUGCCAUUAAAGAAGGAGGACCUAGGCGGCCUCAGCAAAGGAAACAUCACACUUGAGCUGGAGAUCAUUUUUAAUCCCGUCCGCGCCAGCAUAAGAACAUUCCAGCCACGGGAGAGGAAAUUCAUGGAAGACAAUCCCAAAUUUUCCAAAAAGGCUUUGACAAGAAACGUGCAACGAGUGCAGGCGCUCUACCGGGCCAUCAAGUCCACGAUGUUGUACGUUAAAAGCUGCUUUAAUUGGGAAAGUGUCCAGAGGAGCCUACUGGCCUUCGUGGUCUUCCUGUUGACAGUUUGGCACUGGGAAUUCUACAUGCUGCCGCUCAUUAUGGUUCUGCUCAUAUCAUGGAACUACUUUCAGAUUCGCUCCGGCCGUGUUAGUCAAGACCUGAGCAGUAUGGAUGUUGGUGAUGAAGAGGAGGAGGAUGACAAGGAGUCUGAGCGUCGAAGUCUGAUGGAGAAGAUCCACAUGGUGCAGGACAUCGUCAUCAGGCUUCAAAAUUUCCUGGAUGGAGUGGCCAACUUCGGCGAGAGGAUUAAAAACACCUUCAACUGGUCCGUGCCCUUCCUGUCCAGCUUAGCUUUGCUGGUGUUCGUCUUGGCAACCAUCAUCACAUAUUACAUCCCGGUGCGCUACAUCGUCUUGAUAUGGGGUAUCCACAAAUUCACCAAGCGAUUGCGCAACCCUUACGCCAUUGACAAUAAUGAGCUUCUGGACUUCCUCAGCAGGGUGCCUUCAGAUGUGGAGAAGGUGCAGUAUAGCGAGCCAAAAGGUUUCAAGAAAAAGAAGACAUAA